UUAUAAAAUAAAAUAAAAGAAAUUGCGAAAUAGCUGAACCCAGUCAAAAAACACAACCAGAUGAAGAACGUGGAUUUCCGAUCGGAAGUAGGGAAGCCGGUGGUGGUGCUAAUAUGCGGAAGCUUGGUGUAUUACCACUGUGCCCACCGCAACUCCAGCCUCCUCUCUCUCCUCUCCGACGUCCUCAUCGUCCUCCUCUGCUCUCUCGCCAUUCUCGGCCUCCUCUUUCGCCAAAUGAACGUCUCGGUACCAGUGGAUCCACUUGAGUGGCAGAUUUCGCAGGACACUGCUAAUAGCAUUGUUGCGUGGUUAGCCAAUACCGUUGGAGCAGCUGAGUCUGUAUUGAGGGUUGCGGCCACAGGGCAUGACAAGAGGUUGUUUGUCAAGGUGGUGAUUUGUCUCUACAUGCUAUCGGCUUUGGGACGGUUGAUUUCAGGUCUUACAGUUGCCUAUGUUGGCCUAUGCUUGUUUUGCCUUUAUAUGGUUGCGGAGAACAGUGAGUCAAUCAGUGCAUGUUUGUCACGAUUCCUGAGGAGAACAACUGAUCUAACCGAGGAAGAUGCUGCCGAGAGCGAUACUAUGUAGUUAGGUUUUCUGAUUAACUUUGUGUGCAACGAAUCUCUGUAUAUUUCCCUGUUUGUGCGCUUGUAUUUUGAGUUGCUCAUUUGUACAUGCUACUUCGUGUCUGACCAUUUUGGUUGGCACAUUAUUUUUUCCCAGUAGAUGCAGUCUACUGUACAAAUUGUUGAUUAAAUGACACUAUUGCUCAAUAAAUGCUGGUUUUUGCUACAA